CUUCGCGCGCUCCAGCGCGCGGACGGCAACGCGCAGUGCGCGGACUGCGAGACGAAGAACCCGCAGUGGGCGAGCGUGUCGCACGGCGCGUUCGUGUGCUUGGAGUGCUCGGGCGUGCACAGAUCGCUGGGCGUGCACGUGAGCUUCGUGCGAUCGGCGUCGAUGGAUUCGUGGAGCGCGGCGCAGCUGGCGAAGAUGCGGGCGGGCGGGAACGACGCGUUGAACGCGUUCUUGGAGCGACACGGCGUGCCGAGACGGACGGCGAUAAAGGAAAAGUAUAAUUCCGACGCGGCGCGGGUGUUCAGGGAGAAGGUCGCGGCGGAGGCGAACGGGGAGGCGUGGACGGCGCCGACGCGGGUCGAGCGAGGCGCGCGGCGAGAAGACGCGGAGACGCGUCGAGACGCGGAGGGCCGAGGACGAGGGCACGGAGGCGAUGGGGGGGGGUGGAAUGAUGGUGGGAUAGACGACGGGCGAGGGCGCGGACGCGCGGGCGCGAGACCGGGAGAGGAGUACACGGCGUCGGAGUACGCGGCGAGCGCGGCGCAAAAGGACGCGUUCUUCGCGCGGCAGCAAGCGUUGAACGCGAAUAAGCCCGAGGGGUUGCAUCCGAGUCAGGGCGGGAAGUACGUCGGGUUUGGAUCGGGCGGUGGCGGCGCGCCGCGGCAGGAGGACGAGUUCGAGGCCAUCAUCGGGCAGGUGAGCAACGUGACGUCCAAGCUCGGGCAGUUUACGAUGAGCGCGGCGAACCGCGCGGCGCAGGCGACGUCGUCCAUCGUGAGCAACAUCUCUGACGGAGACUACGAUCAGCUUCAGCAUCGCGCGUCGCAAACCGCGACCGUGGCGGCGAAUAAGGCGUCGGAACUCGCGAAGCAAGGUUGGGGUUUUUUCAAAGCCGUCUCCGGGCAAGCGAUGAAGUCGAUCGAAACCUUGACGAGCGAU